GGGUAAGGAUCACAAGGUAAGAAGGGCUUCCAACAUCUCCGGAAUUCCAUCAAUCUCUUCCAAUCCUGUUUCGACUGAAGUGAUACCUCUGUGUUGCCAGCAUGGAGCUGUCUUCCAGAUCGGCUUCUAGACUCCUUAGGAGCUGCAACAAUCAUGGUGCCUUCCAACACCUCGCCAGAACAGGGCGUUAUCACCCAUCCGCAGCAUCACCAUCAUUCUAUUACUUGCUAUCACAACGCAGACCCCUAAGCAACUCAUCCUCCUCACACGCACAACCAGAAACUUCUCUCCUGAACUUUGCAAGCGGUUCCUCCCAAUCAGCCGGUGGUGGCUCCCCCCAAACGUACUUUUCGCAACGAUCGUCGCUUCCUGCAAAUACCGUCAUUCGCUUCGUACCCCAGCAGACGGCAUGGAUUGUCGAGCGCAUGGGGAAGUUCCAUCGUAUUUUGGAACCGGGUCUGGCUAUAUUGAUUCCGUUUUUGGACCGUAUUGCCUAUGUCAAGAGUUUGAAGGAAGCUGCUAUUGAGAUUCCGAGUCAGAAUGCUAUUACCGCGGAUAAUGUGACCCUGGAGCUUGAUGGUGUUUUGUACACGAGAGUCUUUGAUGCGUAUAAAGCUAGUUAUGGAGUGGAGGAUGCCGAAUACGCCAUCUCGCAGCUAGCACAAACAACCAUGCGAUCCGAAAUCGGUCAACUUACACUAGAUCAUGUUUUGAAGGAACGUGCCACACUCAAUACCAAUAUCACGCAAGCCAUCAACGAAGCAGCACAAGACUGGGGUGUCGUGUGUCUGCGAUAUGAAAUCAGAGAUAUCCAUGCCCCAGAAGGCGUCGUGGCCGCCAUGCACCGUCAAGUCACAGCGGAACGGUCAAAACGUGCCGAAAUCUUGGACUCAGAGGGCCAGCGACAGAGCGCGAUUAAUAUUGCAGAGGGUCGCAAACAGUCCGUCAUCCUUGCGUCCGAAGCUCUACGCGCUGAACAGAUCAACCUAGCGUCCGGUGAGGCACAGGCCAUUCAGUUGAGAGCAGAGGCUACUGCAAAGGGUAUCGAAGCCGUUGCAAAGGCUAUUCGAGACGAUCAGGAGAAUGCUCAGAACGCUAUCGGCCUUAACAUUGCCGAGAAAUAUGUCGAGGCAUUCGGCAACCUUGCCAAGGAAGGCACUGCGGUCGUGGUCCCUGGAAACGUGGGGGAUAUUGGAGGUAUGAUUGCAAGUGCACUCUCUGUCUACGGUAAGGUCACGGAGGGCCAGUCCAAGGCACUGGCCGCCAAGGCACUUGGUGUGUCCGCGCCAGAAGACUCACCCCACAGGUCUGGUCGCGGUAAAAACACCGAGAAAACGUACUUUGAGGGCAGCGACGAGGCUACCGAGCUAGAGGGUAAUAAGCAGAACGAAGUUGCUGAGAGUGUGCUAGAGAGUUUUGACCAGACCGCACGGCAGAAGAGGUAGUCUGGUUCACGAUGUUUUGGAAGUCACUCGCAACACAUAUCGACCGAGCGCUUUUUGAGUAACCUCAACACUCCCCUCUUUGGUCUUUUGGUCGCCAUUAAGUCUCCUUUUCUCUCUCUUUUUUCAGCAUCUACCCAAAAGUGCGCUUAGGCAUGUGCGGAGUAUGAGGUUUGCUGCGGCCGUCUGGUUUUCGAGGUUGUAUGGAUGUGUACGAUGGUUGUCUACAUUAGAGAUGUACAUAGCAGGUAAUUAGGGUGCAAAGCAGAAAAUGACAUUGUGUAGCAUUAUGAUGG